AUGCCCGGAGAAGUGAUCGAUAGGCCAAACCCCAAGGCCAAGCCGUCGCAUAUCCCGGAUCUCGUGGAACAGUUGCAGGUGCAGCUGCAGCAGACGAGUUUGGAUCAGUCGGCGAACGAUGGGUUAUUGAAGUUUCGUCGGGCUGCUGCUUAUAUCGCAGCGGCGAUGAUUUUUCUGCAGGAUAAUGUAUUCUUGCAGCGGGAUUUGAAACAUGAGGAUAUUAAACCGAGGUUACUUGGUCACUGGGGAACAUGUCCCGGUCUGGUUCUGGUAUAUUCCCAUCUCAACUAUAUCAUCAAGAAACAUGACCUGAACAUGUUAUUCGUUGUGGGACCGGGACAUGGCGCACCGGCGUUGCUGUCUUGUCUGUGGCUGGAAGGCUCGCUGGGGAAGUUUUAUCCGCAGUACUCGCGCGAUGCUGAGGGGUUGAGGAAUCUCAUUUCUACAUUCAGUACUUCGGCUGGGUUGCCAAGCCACAUCAAUGCGGAGACGCCAGGUGCCAUCCACGAAGGAGGCGAAUUGGGGUAUGCGUUGGCGGUGUCGUUUGGCGCUGUUAUGGAUAACCCCGACUUGAUCGUUCCGUGUGUGGUCGGAGAUGGAGAGGCGGAGACAGGACCGACAGCCACAUCGUGGCAUGCAAUCAAAUACCUCGAUCCUGCAGAGUCAGGAGCCGUCCUGCCCAUCCUGCACGUGAAUGGGUUUAAGAUCAGUGAGCGUACAAUCUUCGGAUGCAUGGACAACAAGGAACUGGUCACCCUCUUCACCGGUUACGGUUAUCAAGUCCGCAUUGUUGAGAAUCUUGAAGACAUUGAUGCCGAUCUGCACUGCUCAGUCGCGUGGGCCGUCGGUGAAAUUCACAAGAUCCAGCAGGCUGCGCGCUCUGGUAAGCCGAUCAUGAAGCCUAGAUGGCCGAUGAUUGUUCUGCGAACGCCAAAGGGCUGGUCAGGACCCAAGGAAUUGCACGGGCAGUUCAUAGAGGGCUCGUUCCAUUCACAUCAGGUGCCUCUUCCCAAUGCCAAGAAGGACAAGGAGGAACUUCAAGCUCUUCAAAAGUGGCUGUCCUCGUACGGUCCAAAGGAGCUGUUCACAGAAUCUGGAGAUAUCGUGGAAGAUGUUACAUCGAUCAUCCCCUCGGAAGAUUCGAAGAAGCUCGGCCAGCGCUACGAAGCCUACAAGGCAUACAAACCCCUUGACCUUCCGGACUGGAGGCAGCUCUGUGUCGAGAAGGGGUCCCAGCAAAGUGCAAUGAAGGCCAUUGGCGCACUCAUUGACCAGGUUUUCACAAAGAACCCUCACAACAUCCGAUUAUUCUCCCCUGAUGAACUGGAGAGUAACAAGCUGGACGCUGCACUUGAGCACACGGGCAGGAACUUCCAGUGGGAUCAGUUUUCCAAUGCGAAGGGGGGCCGAGUAAUUGAGGUGCUGAGCGAACAUCUGUGCCAAGGGUUCCUUCAGGGUUAUACCUUGACCGGCCGAGUGGGUAUUUUCCCUUCGUACGAAAGCUUCCUCGGAAUUGUCCACACGAUGAUGGUGCAGUAUGCCAAGUUCAUGAAGAUGGCUCGGGAAACGCAAUGGCAUGAGGGCGUAGCUAGCAUCAAUUACAUCGAGACUAGCACAUGGGCUCGACAGGAGCACAAUGGUUUCUCUCACCAGAACCCAUCCUUCAUCGGCGCGGUGCUCAAUUUGAAACCGACGGCAGCCCGGGUAUACCUCCCACCCGACGCCAACACCUUCCUGACAACGCUGCACCAUUGCUUGAAGUCAAAGAACUACAUCAACCUGAUGGUGGGUGCGAAGCAGCCGACGCCUGUGUAUCUGUCACCCGAAGAAGCAGAGAACCACUGCCGAGCCGGUGCUUCGAUCUGGAAGUUCUGCAGUACCGACGACGGUCUUGAUCCGGACGUGGUCCUGGUCGGAAUCGGCGUCGAGGUGAUGUUCGAAGUCAUCUACGCAGCUGCCAUUCUGCGCCAACGCUGUCCCGCCCUUCGAGUCCGGGUGGUCAACGUGACGGACCUCAUGAUCCUGGAAACACAGGGCUCCCACCCGCAUGCGCUGUCGACGGAUUCCUUCGAUAAUCUGUUCACGCCCGACAGGCCUAUCCAUUUCAAUUACCACGGGUAUCCGAAUGAACUGCAGGGACUGCUCUUCGGACGGCCACGUCUGGAACGGGUCAGCAUCAGGGGGUACAUGGAGGAGGGAAGCACGACGACGCCCUUCGACAUGAUGCUGCAGAACCAGGUGUCCCGGUACCACGUUGCGCAGACGGCCAUCAAGGCGGGGGCCAAGCGGAAUGAAAAGGUUUCGAUCCAGGAGCAGGAACUGACGUCGGAGCUGGCGCAAAACAUCGUGAAGACCCGUCAGUACAUUUUGGAGAAUCUGCAAGACCCUGAGGGCGUGUAUGACAUGCCGGAGUUCAAGUAG